GAAACAUUUCUUGUCUACGUGGGAAGGGAAGCAUCCUGACCGCGGACAUAAACAAAUAUUCAACGGGCUUGAUGUGUGUCCUGCGCUGGAGGUAACCGUGGCAUGACAGGAGCAUUUUGGAAGCGAUCCCGCUGACGCUUUUUAAACAUGUGGCUCAAACCCGAAGAAAUACUGCUGAAAAACGCCUUUAAACUGUGGGUUACCGAGAAGGAUAAUGAAUAUUUCGUGCUUCAAAGGAGGCGAGGGUAUGGUGAAGGUGGCGGAGGCUUGACAGGUCUCCUUGUGGGAACGUUGGACACAGUACUGGACUCCACAUCCAAAGUUGCUCCUUUCCGCAUACUGCAUCACACGCCGGAUUCACAAGUGUAUUGGUCGAUAGCAUGCGGCGUCACAAAGGACGAGAUAUUCCAGCACUGGGAUUGGCUGCAGCAGAAUAUCAUGAAGACCCUUUCUGUUUUCGACUCCAGCGAGGACAUCACCAGCUUUGUGCAGGGCAAGAUCAGAGGUCUGAUUGCUGAAGAAGGGAAGACGUCCCACGUGCUGGAAGAUGAUCCUGAGAAAUUCAGAGAGGCAUACUUGAGGUUCGAGAACUGGUUUGCGCUGCCACAGGAGGAGAAGCUGGUCACGUACUAUGCCUGUAGUUACUGGAAAGGCAAAGUGCCCUGCCAGGGUUGGCUCUACCUCAGCACCAACUUCCUCUGCUUUUAUUCCUACCUGCUGGGAGCUGAGGUGAAACUGGUCAUCUCCUGGGACGAGAUCUGGAGGUUGGAGAAAACUUCAAAUGUCCUCCUGACUGAGAGCAUCCAUGUGGUGGCUCACGGGGAAGAUCACUAUUUCUCCAUGUUGCUGCGCCUUAACGAAACGUUCGUCAUCAUGGAGCAGCUCGCCGACUACUCCAUUAAGCGCCUUUUCGAUAAAGACGCCUUUGAAAGAGAGCGAGCACUCUCAGACCCGCUGCAAAUUACCAAGAGAGGCCUAGAGGCUCACGCAAAAAGUGAGCAGUUCCGGACAUUUUUCAGGCUACCCAAAGAGGAAAAUCUGUUAGAAGUGCAUGAGAGUUUCCUGUGGGUGCCUUUCAGCCAUUUUAAUACACUUGGCAAGAUCUGCCUUUCUGAGAACUACUUAUGUUUUGCCAGCCAGGACGGGAGCCAGUGUCACAUCAUCAUUCCGAUGCGCGAGGUCGUAAAUGUUGAGAAGCCAGAUUCCAGCAGCCGUGCUUUAACAGUGUACGUGCGCGGGAAACGGGCCCUCCGAUUCACUGAAGUGCGGGACUACCAGCGUCUGGCAACAACAAUCCGCAGCAGAUGUGGGAUUAGUCCUAGCCCACAGCACUCAGCCUCAGCAGAGGUCAUCCGAGGCGAAUGUCAGUCGCUCAUCAACCACUUUGAGGACAACCCAGAGGACGUGACAAUGAUGGUGGGCCAGAAAGACAGCAGCAAGGCAGUAAGCACUGAAGCGCUUAUGACGGUUUUCCACCCCCAGGAUGUUGAAAACCUUGACCCCAAAAUGCUUAAAGAGAAGAUGAAGGAGCAGUCUUGGAACAUCCACUUUUCGGAAUAUGGCCGUGGCACAAGUAUGUUCUUCACCAGGAAGACACGUGACUUGAUUGUCCGUGGAGUUCCUGAAGCCUUGAGAGGAGAGCUGUGGAUGCUUUUUUCAGGAGCCGUAAACGACAUGGCAACUCACCCUGGCUAUUACACGGAGCUGGUGGAACAGUCUCUGGGCACGAGCACGCUGGCUACAGAUGAGAUUGAGAGAGAUCUUCAUCGCUCUCUGCCAGAGCAUCCUGCCUUUCAGAGUGAUACAGGAAUCUCCGCCCUACGCAGAGUCCUCACCGCAUACGCCUAUCGAAACCCGAAAAUUGGCUACUGCCAGGCCAUGAACAUUCUGACCUCCGUGUUGCUGCUCUAUGCCAAAGAGGAGGAGGCCUUUUGGCUAUUAGUUGCUGUCUGUGAGAGGAUGUUACCAGAUUAUUUCAACCGAAGAAUUAUAGGGGCUUUGGUCGACCAGGCUGUUUUUGAGGAUCUGAUUCGAGAGAACCUCCCCCAGCUGGUGGAGAAUAUGAUGGACCUGAGUUUCUUCUCGUCCGUUUCGUUGUCCUGGUUUCUCACCCUUUUCAUCAGUGUGCUGCCCAUCGAAAGCGCUGUGAAUGUGGUGGACUGCUUUUUCUAUGAUGGCAUCAAAGCCAUUCUACAGCUCGGCCUGGCCGUGCUUGAUUACAACAUGGAAGCUCUGAUCAGCUGCCACGAUGAUGCUGAAGCGGUUACCAUCCUCAACAAAUUUUUUGAUAGCGUGACAAACAAAGACAGCCCAUUGCCACCAACAGUGCAGCAGGCCCCUGUAGCCAACAACGACAAAUCAAAGCACUUAAACGUGGACAUCAGCGAACUGAUCCGAGACGCCUAUGAGAAAUACGGCAGCAUUCGCGCAGAGGAGGUUGAGAGUUCACGAAAGAGAAACAAGCUUUUUGUGAUCCAGACACUGGAGGACACAACCAAGCAGAAUGUCAUUCGCGUAGUGUCCCAAGAAGUCAAAUUUACUCCCGCCCAACUUGACGAUCUUUACAAUUUGUUCAAAAGGCAGCAUUUUCUUAGCUGCUACUGGACAAUGAAAAGUCCGGCACUGCUUCACCACGAUCCGAGUCUGGCCUACUUGGAGCAGUACCAGCUGGGCUUCCAACAGUUCAGUGUGCUCUUCUCCCUGCUGGAGCCUUGGGCUUUUUGCACCAACAAGAGCACUCUUUCUCUGUGGGUUUUCCGCUUAAUCGAUGAGAACCAAGAUGGCCUAGUCAACUUUAAAGAGUUCUGUUGUGCUCUUGAUAAUUUGUACUGUGGAUCUUUCACAAAUAAACUAAAGUUCCUCUUCAAGCUGCAUCUACCACCAGCUUUCACAGGUAGUCCUUUGCACGUACAAGAACAAAGACUCCCAAAGUUUUUUGCGACGACAGAGGGCUCUCCUCACUUGAGUAGACUUCCUGAUUUUGAUCUUCCAGAAGAUGGUGUGAUUAAGAAAAGUCCUGAAAGAGGGCGAGGGAAAGUAGACCUCCAGGCCUACCUAAAACAAUGGCAGAAUGAAAUACUUCGAAAAGAGGAAACUAUCAAGGACCUUCCUAGAAUUAAUCAGGCUCAGUUCAUACAGUUCUCCAAGACAUUGUACAACAUUUUUCAUGGCGAUCCAGAGGAGGAGUCCCUGUACCGCGCUGUGGCCCACGUAACCAGCCUCCUUUUGAGGAUGGAGGAGGUGGGCCGGAGGCUGCAGGAGCCCAGCAGCCCGCCUGCGUCCUUAAAGCCCAACCCUGCAGACGGGGAGGACGAAGCUCCUCUCACACCCAAAAACUCUGACACUCCCAGUCCCCAGGAAGCGGGGCCUGACCUCUCUGGGGCGGACUGGUCUUUUUCGUUUGAGCAGGUCCUUGCGUCACUGCUCAACGAGCCAGAAAUAGUCAGCUUCUUUGACAGACACGUUGACAUUCAGAGUAGAGUGAAGCUAGCUCAAGUGGCUCAGCUGAAGCUAACAGGAAAUAGCAAGUGAUUGAAUAGAUUAAUAUAACAAACAAGGAUUAGCGGAUGAAGGGUAAAAAGGGCUGACAUGCAUAAUCCUUAAAUGGUUUUCAAGGUGCAUGCAGACAGGAGGCAUCAACUCCUGUAUUGUUCACCAAGGGAUAUUCCUGUGCCACUAUUUUCUUGUACGUGUAUGUCAAUCGACAGUGUUUAACACUCAUAAUGUUGAGUUUCUUAUUGCUCAUUCUGCAGAUUUCACAGACAGUCUCCCAUUUCCAGAUUGCACCCAACCAGAAUGACAUGGGGCCCAUGCAAUAUAGCUAAUGUAUACAAGACAUAAAGUAGUGUUUAUGCUACGGUGUUUAAAAAUGGUAGAAGACAUUGUUCUAUAACUUUCCAAUGUCUUACUGACCUUCAUAUCAACCUAGUGCAAAUCAGCCCCAUUGUGCUGGUAACGCUUAUGAGCGAUGCGAUGUACUGUAUAUACGCUUGGCUGAAGUGUGUUGUCCUGUAAACCUGUUUGGAGAAGAAGCAUCCUGUCAUUUGUUUCUUCAUUUGCAACACUCACUGUCAGUACAGUGUAGCUAGUACCCCUGCACCAGUAUCGCCAGUGCGGUGCUUCAAAGGAGACUCAACUCGUUCUGACUAGUAGCUCAGUAGAGAGCUGCUUCGAAUGGAUUUUGAAAGAUAUUUUACUUCAAAUCUCAGGGUGCAAUUUGUAUUCAUUAAAAUGUAUAUUAUCCUGAGAGAAAUAAUUGGAAGUUUGACUGAGUUAAACAUUAUUAUUGUGAAGCAUGUGUAGCACUUUUGCAACAUUUUGAUGCACGCCUUCAACAACAUGCAAAGUGUGUGUUGUUUUCUCUUAAUCUAUGCUUUUGCUGCUUGCGUCCCAAUGACUUGUUGCUCAUUGUUGGAGAUUAUGCCUACACGUCGGAGGCGUUCAGGUCAAAAGGUUCUGGAUGCUUGUGUUCUAGAUGUUCUUCUCUUGGGGCCAUACACGCAUACACAUGUUUUUUUUUAAGUUGUUCUUGUUGCACAGGAAAAGACUGUUCUAGAAGUGAUUUGACUGUCAGUGAUUUUUUUUUUUUGAGUGUCAUUUCUGAUAGCAUUUGCCAAGUGUAGUCUAUAGUGCGAUUGUGAGUACAAACCAGCAUCACCUUUGAAAACUGAUGAUCAAUGUUUACUCAUGUCAAAGAAAACAAUGCAUACUAUAGACUACUUUGAUGACAUCGGUUAAUAAAGCCGAAAGCCAUAUUCAUUAUUCCAGUAUGAUGGCUUUCUCGAUGCAUUUAAAUAGUUAAGUUAUACAACAGAUAAGACUUAAACCUAAAUGAUAAACUCUGAAUAUAUUGAAAUGAUUUAAAAGAUAGAUAUUAAAUGUAUUUUUGUUAUACAACUGUCUGUAACAAGAAUGUAUUUUUUACAAAUAUGCUCGUCUUGUUUUGCCCAAAUGUGAGAACUGAAAUGCAUUGUGGAUGUUUUCAGACUAACUUCCUGUGAGACAUUUGACAUUUUCAUUUUGGUUUAUUUCCUCUGUCGCACAUUUCAAAAGAACUGCUUUUAUUUUGGUCAAUGAAGGGGAAAAGUAGCCAGGCAUUGAUUCACAUGACUGCUUUGUAGGGAGUUUUUUUUUUUUUUUAACAAAAGGGUAAAUUUGAAAAUCCUGAUGAGUUCUAUUCUAUUUGAUGCAUUCAGUUAUAUGUGCAGUUAUUGUCUGCUGCAUUUGACUUGUGACAUUUCUUGCUCUUUUUUUCAGUUAUUAAUGUUGUUCCAAAGUAAUAAAGAGUAAAGAGUGGUCAAUCUUUAAA